AUGAAUUACCUGCGCAGGCGACUCUCGGACAGCAACUUCAUGGCCAACCUGCCCAACGGCUACAUGACGGACCUUCAGCGCCCGCAGCCCCCUCCGCCGCCCCCCAGCGCCACCUCCCCAUCGCCCGGCAGCAUCUCGCCGGCUGAAAGGGCACCGUCUGCCCCCAGCCCCGGGGCUGGUGGGGGCGGCGGUGGAGCCGGAGGGUUUUUCUCCUCUCUCUCCAACGCGGUGAAGCAGACGACGGCGGCAGCGGCGGCCACUUUCAGCGAGCAGGUUGGGGGGGUUGCCGGCUCCGGAGGCUCCUCGGGGCGCAGCAAAGUGUUACUGGUGAUUGAUGAGCCGGGGACGGACUGGGCAAAAUAUUUCAAGGGGAAGAAACUUCAUGGGGAGAUGGACAUCAAAAUAGAACAGGCAGAGUUCUCUGACCUCAACUUGGUGGCUCAUGCCAACGGCAACUUCUCAGUUGACAUGGAGGUUAUACGCAAUGGUGUCAAGGUAGUCAGGAGUCUGAAGCCCGACUUUGUGCUGAUCCGCCAGCAUGCCUUCAGCAUGGCACGUGGUGGAGACCAUCGUGGCAUUGUGAUUGGGCUGCAGUAUGCAGGAGUGCCCAGCGUCAACACCUUGCACUCUGUCUACAACUUUUGCGACAAGCCCUGGGUGUUUGCCCAGAUGGUUCGUCUGCAUCGCAAACUUGGACCUGAAGAAUUCCCGCUCAUUGACCAGACCUACUACCCCAAUCACAAGGAGAUGCUCACAACCUCCAAGUACCCGGUGGUGGUGAAGAUGGGGCAUGCUCAUUCUGGAAUGGGCAAGGUCAAAGUGGAGAACCAAUACGAUUUCCAGGACAUUGCCAGUGUGGUGGCCCUCACCAAAACCUAUGCCACUUCAGAGCCCUUUAUCGAUGCCAAAUACGAUGUCCGUAUCCAGAAGAUUGGCAACAACUACAAGGCCUACAUGAGAACCUCUGUUUCGGGAAACUGGAAGACCAACACAGGCUCUGCCAUGCUGGAGCAAAUAGCCAUGUCAGACAGGUACAAACUAUGGGUGGAUACCUGUUCAGAAAUCUUUGGUGGCUUGGACAUCUGUGCUGUGGAGGCUCUGCACGGCAAGGACGGGCGUGACCACAUCAUUGAGGUAGUGGGAUCAUCCAUGCCGUUGAUUGGAGAUCACCAGGAUGAAGACAAGCAUCUGAUUGUAGAGCUGGUGCUGGCCCGCAUGGCCCAGGCCAUCCCUCGCACACCAGUGCCCUCGCCUGUGCGUUCUGCCUCGGGACAACAUGCCCAGACUCAGCCAGCUCAAGCUGGGCAGCGACAAGCCCCUCCAGCCCAGCAGAGACCCCCGCCCCAGGGAGGUCCGCAGCAGCCACUGCCCAGCUCCCAGCGCCCUCCUUCUCAACAGCGCCCCCCUCCCCAAGGCCAGCAGCUCUCCGGCCUCUCCCCGCAGCUAGGUGGUCCCCAAACGGGCCAGCGCCUGCCAAGCCCCACCACCCACCAGCCCCCUCCACAGGCGCAGCAGCGUCCUGCAGGGCAACGCCAGCCAGGGCCAGGUGCUCAGCAGUCUCAUCAGCAGGGCCCGCCGUCUGCUCCACAGUCCCCGCAGCCUCAGAGGGGGCCUAGCCCCGGGGGCGGGGGACAGCACCAGUGGCCACAAGGGUCUCCUCAGCAGCAGCGGCCUGCAGGAGCAGGCCCGCCCAAGGCAGCCUCUGGGGGCCCACCGGGACAACAGCAGCAGCAGCCGCCGCCGCAGCAGCAGCAGCAGCGCCCUCCAGCGGCGGGAGGCCAACCACGGCAACAUCCACGUCAGGGCAGUCAGGGGGGCCUGCCUCAGCAGCGCCCUCCAGGGGCGGGAGCACAGCAACAGCGCCCGGCGCCACCCACAACCCAACAGCCAAGGCCCAGCACUCAGGGUCAGGGCCCCGGGGGCCCUGGGCAACGAGGCAGCCGCCCUCCACCAAGCCAAGGAAAGCCUCAAGUGGCCCAGAAACCCAGCCAGGACCUGCCUCCUCCCCAGCCCCAGCUGAACAAAUCCCAGUCUCUGACCAAUACCUUCCCCCUUGCAGAGGCACCGGUGCCACGGGGCAGCCUUAGUCAGGACGAAGUCCGUGCUGAGAGCAUCCGCAGCCUCCGACAGAGCUUCGCCAGCCUCUUCUCCGACUGAGAGACUCCCUCCUUCCCUUCCACGCUGGGACCCUUGAAUCAUCACCCCCCCAAUCCUAACCCCCAACCUAGGACUCCCCCUUCCAUGUCUGUCUACUGGGACUCUUCUCCCCACUCCUCUUCAUGCCCCACACCAACUGGGACCUCCCUGUCUGAGCCACAAGGGAUGGGCCCUUCCAAAGUGUCUGAGUUGAGUCCUCGCUAUUUGCUCAUUUUGGCUAAUGUCAAUCCCAGGGGUGUGUGUGUGUGUGUGUUUGUGUGGGGAGCCAGUAGAAGGACCCCUUAAAAUCUAUCUUGAAAGUAACCACACCUGCUGGGAGCAACCGGGACUAGAGAAAUAGCAGAGGGGCCCAGAAGCCGAUGCUUCUGAUUGUGGACUCAUUAAAAAAAAAGAAGCAAAAGCACAGGUCUGUCUAUAGAAGAUGGGCUUCUGAAAUAUUUUCCCAUCUCGCCCUGAAUCCAUUUCAAGAGCUCCACUGUCUGUUGGGACACAUUCCAUAAGAGGGAGCCCCAUUCAACCCCCCUUCCAACAUUCCCACUGAACCCUCCCCCCGUCUUUGCUCCAGCUACCUCCUGCUGUUUCAGAAAACCAAUUCUCCAUAUGCUUUGCUACCUACUCCCUCUGACAACCCCCCCACAUGAAAGCCCCCCAACAGACAAUCUUGUAACGAGCUUCCCCUGGAGUCCUCCUUGAAUCUAAGGCUGCAGAUUUCUCAAGUCCACAUCUCUUCUACACAAAUAUGCAAAAUUUGUGCCCGGCUCUCUUCUCCCGGUCCUGAUGCUGGGCAGGGGGAGUCCCCAGGGCUGGGGCAAAGGGAGGGGAGAGGGGUCUCCGGGGAUCUCUGUACAUAGCAUGAGGGAGGGGACCCCUCCUGGGGCCAUGUCUGUGUCUGUGUUGUUGUUUGUGAAAAAGCCAACCAAUUGCCACUCACCCUCUUUGCAACCAACCUGCUUCCCUCUUGGUAGCUGUCCACUUGAAGCACCAUCGUCUUGGCUACAGGUUCUCCCCUUUCCACCAUCCCCUUAGCAAUUGGGCAAGCCUUAACCUGCCCCCUCCAUCCUUAUCGCAACAUUCCUAGAAACCUCCCAGCACGUUGCCUCCCAAAUGCACAACUGUGGUGUGUUUUAACAUUCACUUAUUGCCCAGAAGCUGCAAAGCACGGGAUAGGGCCAACCACUUUCCCCUGUUCCUGAGCUAGAUGCUAGUGUGUACUUCAGGCCAACAAAAGGUUGUGCCUUUUGGAUGGAAGGCCAGCUGGCCAACAAGAAAGAAGACCAAGAUGGCCCUUUUUGACCCCAUUCUGUCCCUUUCAACAAUCUAGUCCUCAACCCACUCACGAAUCCGAUCUUCUCAGAUAACAGCCAUACUACUGCCGCUGUAGCCAAGGGAUGCUUCUGCCAUCUUGGUCGGUGGGUAGAAAAUAAAAAAGACUAACACCCGUGGACAUUCAGGGGGGGGGGUCGUGUUCAAAUCCCAGAGUUUGAUCUCCCCUUUCACUCCAUUUGUAUAUAAACUUGAGAGAAACUUCCCACUAUAUUUUUGUGAUUCCCCAUACCCCUAAAGCUGUGUCGCCUACCCCCGCCCCCCCUUUGGAAAAACAACACUGGGGCGGGGGGAGGGACCGCCACUUAAUGUGUGAUGGUCUGGUAGCUGCAAAGUCGCGUGUCGUAGCUGUGUCGUGACAUGACGCUUUGAGCUGUGUUCGCAACAUAUUGUCAGGUUGGGGAGGGAGAUACCCCAGGGGCUCCGUCAGUCCCUGCGUAACACAUCCCUUUCCUCUUCCACAACCUCUUCUCCCCAGACAGAUCCUCCUUCCCAGCUAAGGGAUCUGGGGAGGGCAAUUUAAAGUGCUAACUUGGUAUCUCUGUUAUUUAUUCUCGUCUGGAAAGUGCACCCCCCUCCCACACUGUUCUCGUGGGCAUAGAGGCCUUUCCCAUUGCUGUGAUUCUGUCUCUGUGUGGAUCAAAGUUUCAAUGGAUCAGUGGUGUAAAAGACAAAAAUAAAUAUAUAUUAUAUAAAUAUUACAAAAAUAAAAUAAAAACCACCCUCAAACCUGCUGGAAAAAUGCACAUGUUUUGUGGCUGGAAAGAAACUAAUAGAAAGAUGUGUGUGUGUAUGUGUGUAUAUAUAUAUAUGUAUAUAUACAUAUAUAUGUGCAGAGAAAGAGUUAUAUAUGUACCAAGAUAUUAAACUGGAGAAAUGAAGAGACGAAAUUAGUUUUUGUGUUAUUGGGAGGUACAACACACAGGGGAAAAGGGCCUCUGGAACCAGAUUGUGCCAUUUCCAGGAAUGGCCCAAUGUGUUUUG